AUGCCGUUUGCCAAAAGGAUUGUGGAACCGCAGCUGCUGUGCAGGCACCAGAUCCCGAAUGACGAGGGUCUGCUUUUCGAGGACCUGUGUGCCAUCAGUAACGUGGUUCUGUCCCGGACCUUGCGGCAGCUGUCCGACCUGGCUCGGCACGCCUGCUCGUUGUUUCAGGAGCUGGAGAACGAUAUCAUUACCACCAACCAACGGGUCUGGGUUCUCCAGAACAAAAUAGGCCACAUACAGCAAACCGCAGGUGCCCUAGACCCCAAAAAGGAGGCAGUGCCGGUGUCAAAUCUGGAUGUAGAGAGUAAGCUGUCACUCCACUAUCAGGCUCCAUGGCACCAGCAACACAACGUGUUUCAUCCAUGUACCCGGCCACCAUGUGUAGAGGAGCUACACAGACAUGCCCAGCUCAGUCUCAGGGCUCUGCACCGAGACGAACAGCAGCGUCAGGUGUCCACCAGCCGGGAACGGAACAGGGUGACUAUCUCAGUCUCCGUGGCACCUCCCAUGCCUACCUUUCCCUCACCGCACACUAUCCGACGGCAGCAGAGGAGUCGCCUGGCACGAGCGCAAGAGAGAGCAGAAAGAGAGAGAGAGCUAGACUAUCAACCAAGAAAGGAGAGGACCAUGAGAGAAACAGAAAUCCAAACUACACAAAGAAAGGAGAGACCGGGAAGAGAAGCAGACAUUCAGACCAUCCAGAGAAAGUUUGAACGCUUUCGCUCACUCCCCCCCACUGAAUGUUGCAUCUUCACUCCAUGGAAUAGAAAGGCUACCUCGACAGCAGAUGGUGAAGGAGGUGAGCUUGUAGGAGGCCAUAGGGCCAAGGGCCCCGUUUCCAAUGCCCCUUCCACUCAGGAUAAGCAGACCAACUGGUCCAAGGACCCAGUCCCAGCAUCGGAUCAGAGGAUGACGGCCGACUCUCAUGCCAUUUCCUCCUGCAUCAUCCCAAUUAAUGUCACAGGUGUUGGUUUUGAUAGAGAAGCAAGUGCUCGUUGCUCUCUCGUCCAUUCUCAGUCAGUUCUUCAGAGGAGAAGGAAACUAAGAAGGAGGAAGACUAUUACUGGAAUACCGAAGCGAGUUCAUCAAGACAUGGAUUCAGAUGAGUCACCUGUGGCCAGAGAACGCACGGUGAUUGUCCAUGCCAACCCCCACCAACUGUCUUUGUGUCAAGAGGAACUCUCACUCACCGGUCGCUUUCAUCACACCCGUGACUCUGGCUGCCAGACAGAUGAUUUCCUCAUAGCAUCAACUGCCGCUCCCUCUAGACGACGUAUCAGAGCUCAACGUGGCCACCAGGGAAUUCCUGCCUCGCUCUCUCAUUCAACAGGCAACAUUUCCUCCCUGGGCGACCAGUCGGACUCCACAUAUACCAGCACUGCAGCAAAUGGUGGGCGCUUGCGAUCUCGCAGCCUACCACGAGAGGGUGGACGCCUGAUGGACAGUGAUGAGGAUGAUGAUAAUUAUGAUGAUGAUGAUGAAGAUGAGGAGCUGUCGCCAUACGAAACAGAGGACUUCCUCCCAAGUGGGCCAAGUCCAAGAAUGAUGAUGAUGAUGAUGAAGGAUGAAGAGGAGAGCACAGACGAUCAGGCACCCCCUGAGCCUUUGCAGCUGGGGAGCCUCAAGAGGUUGCAGCGAUCUGGGGAGAGAGACCGUGGGGGUGGUGGAGGAGGAGGGAGCCCUGAGCAUGGCUGGAUGGAGAGAGGACGCUCUCGCUUGCCGCGCAAGGCUGAUAUGGGCAGCUGUGAGAUCUCUUCCAGCUCAGACACCUUCAGCAGCCCCAUCCACUCUGUGUCCACCACAGGCGUGCUAGGCAGCCAUGUGGACCACAAGGAGGACCACCAGUCAUCCAGUGGGAACUGGAGUGGUUCCAGCUCCACUUGCCCCUCUCAGACAUCUGAAACCAUCCCACCUCCCUCCUCCCCACCAUUAACAGGUUCCUCCCACUGUGACUCAGAGCUGUCACUCAACACUGUGCCAAACGCCAUUGAUGAGGGAUUCACACUCGAUCCCUCCUAUCACUCUGACCUCAGGCCCCAGGGCCAGGGCCAUAGGUCAAGCUCCUUUACUUCCUCAGCCACAGACCAACUGGAUGAUGCAGGGGUCAGUACGGCCAGCGAAGGGGAGUGGGCAUACCCCCCAGAUCAGGACCAGACCGAUCCAGACCAAGACCCAGACCAGACCCAAAACCAAAGUCAGAGCCAUGGGUUAUCUGAGGAGUACAGCUCUAAACAAGGUUUAGAGGAUCAAACCUGCUUCACUGAAAACAACACGACCAGCAACACUGACAAAGAGCAUAGCUCACAUUACCCACCUGAGAUGGAGGGCUUUUACUCCUCUUCUGUGCAUUUUGGGGAAUGUAAUCAGAGUUACCGAGGAUACAUGUACAACUAUGCAGACCCAGGGCCUGACUGUGGCCAAUCCAACACUGUGUCAGCACCAAUAGCCCGUGGAGUUUACGCCCAGCCCCAGGCUGAAUUCAAAACAGGUACUAUGACCCUAGGGAAGACCUGUCGUCCAAUGAGGAAACCAAAAGUCAAACCUCCACCGCCCAAACGGAGCUCCUCCCUAAAGGAGCCCUGCAGUAGUGUAGCUGUAGGAACAGAUGCAAAGGCAGAUCAGGAUCAACCAAAGACAGAUAGUGAACAAGACCUCACCUCGUCUUCCAGAGAUAUGAAACUGGAGCUAGAAUUGGAGCUUGGUGUCCCUCCCGAGCCAUUAGAGACAUCCUGUUUGGUGACAGAGCCUCUGGGGGCCUGGGGAUUAGGGUUGGGGGAAACAGUGGACAUAGUAGAGCCCAUGUCCUUUAGCUCUACAGAUACACACUCGUUCAAAGAUGAAGGGGCUGUGCAAUCAGACUAUGCAGACCUGUGGCUUCACAACAGCGAAAUGAAGUCCAACAAUGGUGAACUCACUUCCAUGUCCAAUUCCAGCACAGCUACAGGUACCACCGUCAUGGAUUGUAUCAAGUCACCAGACAGCUCCUCCUCCUCAGACACCCAGGUCCAGGCCCUUGCCCAGGUUGCAGAACCUAGGGUGGCUAGCCCACCUCUACCCCCUGGAGAUGGAGACUUAAAGCUGGGAUCACCUGAGAAGCUUGCUGGCCUGGCUUCCCCUUCCAGUGGCUACUCAAGCCAGUCAGAGACGCCAACAUCAACCUUCCCCUCAUCUUCAGCAGCAUUCUUUCCAGGACCCCUGUCUCCCACGAGUGGCAAGAGAAAGCCUAAGGUGCCCGAGAGGAAGUCUUCUCUCUCCUCGCUGCAGCACUUCCCCAGGGAUGGAGCUUCCAUUUCCUCUUCCUAUAAGAGAGACCUUGAAUUCCCCCCACCACCCUCUCAACUUGACCUUAAUAUUCUGCAUGGUGCCCAUGGCAGAUACCCACUGUCCCACCGGACGCAUCACAUGCAUACACUGCACCACAGCAAACACAGAGUUGCAGCUGCCACCACCACAGGAGCUAAGUGCUCAGCCCCUGAAGCAUCAAUCUCCAACCCUCUGAACACUAACCCACUUCCUUUAAUUCCUAGCUCCAAUCUUUUGGCCAUCACACCGUCAGCUUUGCGCUCAGUGCAGCUACGUUCAGUCAGCCGGUCUACAGAAAGUUCUGUUGCUACAGAGCAGGAAAUUACUACUGGAACGGAGACUGUUACUAGACCCAAAUGUACCACUAGUGCCACUGUGCUGGCUCCACCUCCCAUCAACACGAGGCCUCUUCCUCCUCGCAGACCACCUCCCCAAAGACCUCCAGCUCAGGACCAUACUUCCUCCCCUGAACACUCCCAUCCUCCUCCCCCUGGCCGUCACCCUGACGGGCCUCCACCCUAUGAAAGCCUACGACACAGACAGGACCGCUAUGGACCUGGCACCUUCUGGGCCAUGACGGCAUUUAGAACCCGGGUGGAACCACCAUCAAACCUUCCAGAUGACAGUUCACCUUUGCAUCGGCCUGUGCCCCGUGCUCCCCACCCCUCGCCGGUGGAUCUGCACACACACAUUCAGUCACACACAGAGUUUAGGGGGCUCACUCAUUCAACUCACUCACACCCUGAGUUUAGGGUGCUGGGGGAGAGAACAUUUUCUAUGGAUGAUGAUGAUGAAGAGGAGGAGGAGGAGGAAGAAGAGGAGCAGAUUAAAGAGCCACCAAGACCUGUGUGCUCCAGAGUAGGCCUGCGAUCUGACCACCCUCCACCCCCGGCUUAUGAGUUUGUUGGGGGAUCCCACUCAGGGCCCUGGGCUAGCCCAGUCAAAGUGCCUGGUACUGCAGUGGAGACAUCGCAUCCUUACUUAAUCAGCGAUGUGCGAGAUGGAGGUCAAGAGGAGGAGGAAGAAGAUGAGGAAGUCGCAUCAGGUGCAACCAGAAGUGCCCAUCAGCAGCCACCACAGGAGAGCAGGGAUGACUCCACCACUCCUGACACUGAAGACUACUUCAGUAAAGAUUCCACACCCAGUGACAAUUCGCUCUCCCCUCUGAUGGAUGACACCAAAGUGGAUGAUGACAUUAUUUUCACAUCACCCAAUAAGACGCGAACUACUGAGGAUUUGUUUGCUAUGAUACACAGAUCCAAGAGGAAGGUCCUGGGCCGUAAAGACUCUGGAGACUUGAAUGUGAAGUCUCGCCUGUGCCCUCCAGCACCAGUGACCCCUGGUAUUGUCCCCACCAACAUCAUUCCACCAGCCCCUCCUCUGAACAUCCCAGCCACUCUGAGUGUCCCCUUGGGGUCACAGCGUGCCCCUGUGCCCAUCUACCGCAGCGCCAAGAAAUCCAGCACGUCAAAUGAGGAGUUCAAACUCCUACUGCUCAAGAAAGGCAGCCGCUCUGACUCCAGCUACCGCAUGUCAGCGACAGAGAUCCUCAAAAGCCCCAUCACCCCCAAGGCCCCCGGUGAUCCUCUCCAGGAGGGACCCCUUAAGCAAGCUGAGGAGCCCCCAUCUCUGCUCCAGGAGCCCCCGAUUUCGGGCUUGGAUCCGAUCCAGAGCCCAAGUCUCUUUCCCAGGGCCAACUCUGAGAGCUUCACUCCCAAAACUCUGCCCAUGUCCGCUGCAUCCAGACAGGGCCGUUCCAGGAUCCCUCCAGUGGCCAACAGCAGUCGCUACAGCACACGUAGCCGCCUCUACACAGCCCCCAUGCAAGCCAUCUCCGAAGGGGAGACGGAGAACUCUGACGGGAGCCCCCAUGAUGACAGAUCAUCCUAA